AUGCCUGCACAUGGGCCUGAAGAAGAAGAUAAGCCAUGUCGAGCUUGUUCUGACUUUAAAACGUGGGCUAAAGCUCAGAACAAAACUACAUUAAAUCCACCAAAUAAAAUGGCACCUGCUAAAGCAACAGAUUGUCCACUAGAUAAGGAUGAACUUGGUCGUUCAACAUGGGGUUUCUUGCAUUCCAUGGCAUCUUAUUAUCCUGACAAACCGACAAGGCGAGAAGCGGAAGAUAUGUCUAAAUUCUUUAAUAUAUUUUCAAAAUUUUAUCCAUGUGAACCUUGUGCAUUAGACUUCCAAGAAGACAUCAAAAAAAAUCCACCAAGAACAGAUUCCAAAGAUCACCUAGCAAAGUGGUUGUGUGAGAGACACAACACUGUCAAUUUAAAACUUGGUAAACCUUUAUUUGACUGCAGUAAAAUUCAUGAAAGAUGGAGGGAUGGCUGGAAAGAUGGUUCCUGCGAUUAA